AUGGCGUCCCGCAAGAAACCCUCCAACGCCGCGCGCAAACGAGACGGCAUCCAUUUCGUGAACGCCCGACCGGCCUCGGAAACAGAACGUCUCAAGGCGCAACGAUUGGUGCGAGCUCAUGUUGGUCGAUGGAUCUCCGACCAGACCAAGGACCGCGCAAACCCAGGGUCCGCAUCCGCAUCCGCAUCCUCCUCCUCCUCCUCCUCAUCCUCCUCACGACCCCCGCCUGGAGCGGCCCGUCGCACCAUUCGCGAUUCCGUCUCCCCCUUGUCCAGUGCCAGCACCUCCAGUUCUUCCAGUAGCGACCAUGUCAGCCCAUCUUCCUAUCCUCUGGUGUCCCGUCCCGCGCCAUAUGCCUCCCGGCGGGCGAUUGCCGCCGUCCCCGGGCUCCCUCGUCCCCCGCGGGAAUGGCAGCGUUCCCCGUUCCCGCCGUCACAUGCGAGCGACUCCAGCGACUCCAGCAGCGAUGAUUCCAGCAGCGUCACCGAUUUCUCCAAGGAGCCAACCGCUGUCGUCCCAUGGAAGAAACCCGCUUGCAUCGAACCCCAGAUCUCCGGCUUCUUGGAUCCAUUCGACACUUUACCCUCGAAGUUCUCGCCCGAAGUUGUGAAUUUGAGUGAAACCUACUGCAUAUCAGUGAUUUGGCCAGGACUGAUCCCGAAACCGGGCAAACUCAAAAAGACCGGCGAGACCUGGUUUCCACUCUCUUUAUCCGACCCCGCCCUAUUUACCGCGUUCAUGUAUGGCUCCUUGUGCCAUCAACGAGUCCAAUGGUUGAAGCAUUGGGUACCCGACUCCACCUUUGGGCCUCAGCAGCAGCGCGUGCUGCAGCUUUGCGAGAUGGAAUCCAUCAAGUUGAUUAACCAAGCCGUCCGGGAUCCGACCCGCGCGAUCAGUGAUGCAGUGCUGUUGAGUGUGAUUUGCAUGGCCCACCAUCAAGCCCUGGAGGCGAGUCCGGCGCAGAAUCGAAAUACCCCAUUCAAAGCCCCCUUCCAACGCUUGCAAUGGUUGGACGUCUACGGUCAUCUCCCACCCAAUAUGAUCCACAUUCGAGGGUUGGUGCAACUGGUGAAGCUUCGAGGCGGAUUACAAAACAUCAAACUCGAUGGGUUACGCGCAACAAUCACUUUUUCGGCUAUCAUGACUGCCAGUUGUCUUUGUAUGCCUCCCGGCUUUGAGUUCUGUGCACUGGACGAGAGUCGCACCAGCAUGUCGAUACAAGAGCUUCUUGGCUUUGGCCCAUCUGACAUCGAGCAUGGGUUCGGCCGAUUACAAGGCAUCGGUAUCACUUCCCAAAUGGCCGAGGCAAUGCAAGCGAUUCGCGCCUAUAUCAACAUCGUGGGAGCCUGUCUGGUGAGCCCAUACGACACUUCGUUGCUCGCCGACCAGCGCAACCUCACUCAAUACACCCUUCUCUCUGUCCCCCCUGCCGCGGACAUUUCCACCACCUUCUCCCACCCCAGCCACGAAGCCAUCUACGAGGCUUGUCGCAUCGCCAUGCUGAUUUUCUCCGUCGGCGUUGUCUUCCCGAUUCCCGCAAAUAACACUCCCCUCCCCAGGCUAGCGCAGCAACUCCAAUCUGUCCUUUGCCAACCGAACGCUUCCGUGCUCUGGUCAUCUUCAAGCACCCGUGUCGUACUCAUCUGGAUCCUGAGCCUCGGUGGCAUCGCAGCUUUCGAAAAUGCAACUGAGCGGACCUUCUUUGUGACGGCUCUUCGUGAUACAACACGUCGUAGUGGCUUAUCUUCCUGGGAAGAUGUGAAACGGGCCUUGAGCAUGAUGCUCUGGUUUGAUCUCGCUUGUGACGAGGCUGGUGAGAACAUGUUCUAUGAAGCCACCGAAUCUUGCCUUAUUGAGUGA